AUGGAAUACUAUUUAGAUAAUAAAAGAAAACGAACUUCCGGAGAAUACGAUUCUCCCCAAGUUAUCACGGAACAAACAAAUUUGAAGUCGAGGGAGAUGGAUACUUAUUUUCAAGAGAAAGUAAUUAUUCCGGAAUCUGAAGAUUACAGGUUCAACUUCCGAAAACUAUGGGCCUUCACCGGACCCGGUUUCCUGAUGAGCAUAGCCUACCUGGAUCCGGGCAACAUCGAGUCGGAUCUGCAAUCCGGGGCGGCGGCCAGCUUCAAGCUGCUGUGGGUCUUGAUGUGGGCGACUCUUCUCGGCCUCCUGAUGCAGAGAUUGGCGGCUCGCUUGGGUGUGGUGACCGGACUGCACUUGGCCGAAGUGUGCCAGAGGAGGUUUCCACCCAUUCCGCGAUACUUGCUGUGGAUCAUGGUCGAAAUCGCCAUCGUGGGUUCUGACAUGCAGGAAGUCAUUGGCACUGCUAUAGCGUUUUAUCUCCUUUCCAAUACUAGAAUACCCCUUUAUGCGGGAGUUCUUAUAACGAUUGCUGACACAUUUACCUUUCUUCUUCUGGAUAAAUAUGGUUUGCGGAAAUUAGAGGCAUUUUUUGGAUUUCUUAUUUCUGUUAUGGCAAUUACUUUUGGAUAUGAGUAUUUCACUGCCAUGCCAGAUCAAGGUCAAGUGGUUAAAGGUUUGUUUGUUCCUUGGUGUUCUAACUGUGAUAGUAGAGCUCUUUUGCAAGCUGUUGGCAUUGUUGGUGCUGUGAUUAUGCCUCAUAACUUAUAUCUUCAUUCUGCACUUGUUAAGUCAAGAGAUGUAGAUAGAAAAUCUAAAGAGAAAGUGAAAGAAGCAAACAUGUACUUUUUCAUCGAAUCAGCAGUGGCAUUAUUUGUCUCAUUAAUCAUCAACAUUUUCGUUGUCGCUGUGUUCGCUGAAGGACUCUUUGGUCAUACAAAUAAAGAUAUACAUGACUUAUGUGUCAAGGAGAACAGCACUCAUGCAGGUGUGUUUCCUGCUGACAAUGAAACAGUUGAUGUAGAUAUUUACAAAGCAGGUGUGUUUUUGGGUUGCCAAUAUGGUAGUGCACCCCUAUACAUCUGGGCAAUAGGAAUACUUGCUGCUGGACAGAGCUCAACCAUGACGGGAACUUAUUCCGGCCAGUUUGUUAUGGAGGGUUUUUUGAAUCUCAAAUGGUCUCGCUGGAAGAGAGUCCUUCUGACCCGAACCAUCGCCAUUUUCCCCACCCUCUUCAUAGCCGUCUACAAAGACAUCGAUGAUCUGAGUGGAAUGAAUGACCUUCUGAAUGCCCUCAUGUCACUGCAGCUGCCAUUUGCACUUUUACCCACCUUAAUUUUCACAUCAUCAAAAAGUCUCAUGGGAGAUUUCCAAAAUGGAAUAGCUAGUAAAGUGAUCAGUGUUUUACUUGCGAUGGUUGUGAUUGGCAUAAAUCUGUACUUUGUGGACCAGUUUGCCCAAGAAAAAUUGCCAGAUCAUUGGGCAGUAUAUUUUGGUUUAGUUAUUCUAAUGGCGUUUUAUCUCUGCUUUGUUUUAUAUUUGGCACUUUGUUUGAUUUAUGUCUUGGGUGGUAGAAGAGUUGCUCACAUUCCU